CCGGGUUCAGGCCACCCCGCGGAGGUUACGCGCCGCGAGCAGCGCUUCCGCUGGCGCCGGGUGGUGGCUGCGGCUGCCCCCGCUGAGGGGAGGGAGAGUUUUGCAGGGCCUGGGAGGUAAUCAAUAAAUCAAUAGGCAGAGCGGCCCCGUGUCUCGUCCAGACCUUUGUCUGGAUGGGAAGAAAAAGGAUGGAGGAGGAGCAGUGGUGGAAAGGAGAGCUGGCAGCGGACAUCCACCAGACCCUGAGGACGAAGGAGCUGAAGUUGCCGCUGUACAGGGCUCACUCACCACAGAUGGGGCUGCGUCGCUACUUCAUUGAGCUCCUGACUGCCCUCAGCAACCGGUGCCGCCUCUGCCCCACAGCCCGGCACCUCGCUGUCUACUUGUUGGACCUCUGCAUGGAUCGCUACGAUAUCACUGCCAGGCAGCUCUACAGCAUCGCCGUCGCCUGUCUGCUCCUUGCAAGUAAAUUUGAGGAAAAAGAAGAUAAAGUUCCAAAAUUGGAUCACCUAAAUAACUUGGCAUGCAUGUGUAAUGUCAACCUGGUACUGAACAAGAAAGAUUUGCUUAGGAUGGAAAUGCUGCUUUUGGAAAACUUCAACUGGAACCUCUGUCUACCAACACCAGCACACUACAUUGACUACUACCUCUAUGCAUCCAUUGGAGAGAAUGACCUUCAUAAUGGAUGGCCCAUCACCUCCCUGACCAAAAUCAAAGCUUAUUUGGAGAAAUAUGCGUACUAUUUCCUUGAUUUCUCAGUGCAAGAUCCCACUUUCCUCCAUUUUCCUCCAUCUCUGACUGCUGCAGCCUGUGUGUGUGCCUCAAGGAUCUGUAUGCAGAUUUCUCCUGCCUGGACAACAGAGCUUGAAGUGCUAACAUUUUAUUCCUGGGAACACCUUGCUCAGUGCAUUGAAAUGAUGCUCAUAUAUUAUGGGAAUGACAUCAAAGAAGCUGGUAACAUAAAAAAGCAAGUAACAAUCCAACAUCAAGAACAGGAUGUAGUGGGAGACCUGAGCCAUCAAGCUACUACUCAAGUUCUCUUCCAGCAUUAUCGCCCUUUGGUCCAGCACUCAGCUACUUUUUCCCAUUUCCAGUCCCCAGUGCAAGAUCUGUGCUCUGCUUAUCGUAACACUUUACAGGCCCCCAGGCCCAGCAGUCUGCUUGCUGGGAGUACUGACAGCUCACUGCACUCCUACACAGCUCUUCCAGACAGCCUUCAGCCAGCUGCCCAGACUCUGCCCACCCAAAUGCCCGUUGCUGUGCAGGUGGCAUUAGGAACAGAGCCCAGACACUUUAUUUCCAUGGCUUAUGGCAGUAGUUACUUCAGUGGUCAUCAUUCGUACAUGGCUGGGUGUUUGAUGGAUAAAUAUUGACAGGAGGAGAAGGUGAGAGGAAUAGAAGCUGAAGAAGAGAUCUUGUGUGUGAUACAAGAUGUGUAUCUGAAUGAAAACUAUGAAGGAAUUGAAUCCUUGUGACUUGCUCAUUCCAAAAACACUAAUCUGGAUCCACUGAUCUCUGGAACCUGGGUGCCUCUCUGCCAAGGACUUUUCCUUUGGCUCUCCAAGACAGAAAUAGAAGUUCAUUAAUAUACCUCACUUGAUGUCACUUUAAGAGGCAUUUGCAUAUAAACCCUGUCCAGUUUACUUCCUUCUGGUCUUCAGUUAGUGACUUGUCAGAGUUGGAUGAAAGCUUAUGUUGAAGAGUUAUUUUAGGCUGGAGCAUCUGUUGAAUUUUUGGCCAAGUAAGAGUGUACCUAGAGGAAAACACAGGGUUCCUUCCUUCUCUUCCAGUGAUGUUUUACUUGAACAGUGGCAUCUUAUGCUACUGGAAGCUUCUGCUAAAAUAUACUGAACAUUAUAAAAAUAUCAGUUAAAUACAUUUAAAAUGUCAGUUAAAUGUGAACUUCAUUUAUGCAGAAAUCUGUGCAUAGAACACUUUCAUUUUCUUUAAGCAGGAGUGAGAGUUCAUGAAGAAGACUUUAGAGUGAAAGGAAUAAAAAAAACAACCCAUAACUAGGCCAGAGGACUAUAAGAUAAUUUUUAACUUAAAAUCUCUUGUAAUUUAAAAGUGGUGCUGCUGAACAGAGUUCUGCCUUCAAGUAUUUUAGAAACAAAACCAAAACUUUAAAUCGUCUCUUAAGUCUUUAAUGUGAUGCUGCUUUUGAGACUGGGGAUUAUUGUUAGUAAUAUUGUUCAUGAGCUCUAUCAGGGAUUUUAUGUUACUUGAAGAAAUCCUCUUGGAAUAAGUCCUGCAAGGUUCACUGCCUUCUAUUACUUUGUGUUUUGGGGUCAAUGACUUGUGGCAGUAGUUUGGGUUCAGGACAGAGGAACUGGUGUUAGGGAGAUGGUUAACCUCACUGUGAAAUUACUGUUUGGCUGCAGUGCUACACAAUGCUGACUUAGGUUUGGUUUUGGUUUGUUUUUUUUUUUAAUAGCAGGUUGGAGUUCUCUUGGAAAGUGUAGCUUGUAAAUUGAAGAUCAUACUGCUUUGUAAUGAGAGACACACCUACUGUCACAUAGCUGAAGGUGUCAUUUUCAACUGGAACCAGAGAUAAUGGUUCAAAAACAUGGGAUUUUUUUAAUGUUAAUGUAGAUAUAUACAAGAUAUGGUCUUCUGCAAAUGUGAAACUUUAGUUUUGAUAUGUGCAACCACUACUAUAAAUGUCUUUGAAGGCAGUACUCCUGGUUUGUCUUUUAUCUGAAGGAUCUCAGGACAACAAUACAAGAAAUGUGCAAUAUGCUUUUGCUGACAUGGGUCAAUUUUUUCAAGUCGUGUCACAGUGCUGUCUUAAAUUAUAUUUUUUAGAGAACUUUUUUAAAAGGGUGUUUUAGGGUAGAGGGGAAAAAUUAGCCUGCAUGCUAGUGUGAGUUUGUGUAACUGCCUUCUGAAAAUGCAACUUUCAGCAUCUUCCCUUCAGUGAGUUAGAGCAAUCUUGUUUUAAUUUUUAUUAAAAUGCAAACUGAUAAAGUGUUGGUGUAU